UUAAUGCUCCGUCUCAGUUCUAGUCAGUCAGUGUCUUUCUCAUCACUGCUGCAGGUUCAACAUUCAAACAAUAAAAAAAUUAAAUCAACUCAUUAAAAAAGAAAGGAUGGCAGUUUGGGACAGAAAGAUUUCCUGUUGCUUCAUGUUACUGCUCGCUGGAGCUCUGGGUCAACGUGUGAACAAUCCACGUCGUGUUUGUGGUGUGGUAGGAUCGACCGUCACCCUCCGCUGCUCCUUCAACACACGGAAAUCUGUUGUUGAUGAUGUAGGAGAACCUUUGAUCAGAGUCAUCUGGUGCAAGGGCCCUAACGCUUGUGGGAGAGACGCUCCGUCUGUGUACGACAGCGAAUCACAGAACAACGACCCUCGUUACAGAUACCUGGGAGACAAGAAGGGAGACUGCACUUUACAGAUCUCAGAUCUACAGGAGGAAGACGACACAACUUUUCGCUUCAGAGUGGAAACUAAUUAUGUCAGAGUAACUUUAACUGCCCCAGUAAGAGUGAGAGUCAGAGUCGUGGAUGGUGCUCAGCUGAGGAUAAGAAGCUCCAGAGAUGAUGGAGAGUUUAAAAGAGGAGAAGAAGUCACACUGAGCUGUUCUGCUGCAAACUGCACUAUCCACCAACUGGAGGUCACCUGGUUCAGAGAAGGCUCUGCCCUCUCAGAGACUGGACCUGCCCUCCAUCUCAGUUAUCUGACCGCAAAGGAUUCUGGGAACUACACCUGUGGUUUGAGGAAGAAUGAGCGCACUCUCUCCGUCCCGUACAGCCUGCAUGUGGAGGAUGACGAGGCAGAAAAGGCAGAACAGGAAGAUGCUCUGGGUCUAAGUGUGAACUAUCCAGGUCCUGUUUGUGGUGUGAAAGGAUCGACCGUCACCCUCCCCUGCUCCUUCACACCGCUGGAGUCUGUAACGGACGACAAUGGAAGAGAAGUUUUGAUCGAGGUCGUCAGAGUCGUCUGGUGCAAGAACCCUUUACUGUGUCAGACAGGCACUCCGUCCGUGUACGACAGCGAAUCAAACAACGACCCUCGUUACAGAUACCUGGGAGACAAGAAGGGAGACUGCACUUUACAGAUCUCAGAUUUACAGGAGGAAGACGACGCAACUUUUUGCUUCAAAGUGGAAACUAAUGAUCCCAGAGCAACUUUUACUGGCCAACCAGGAGUGAGAGUUACAGUCGGAGGAACUAAAUCAUCUGACCCACUGCUGGCUGUUCGUCUGCUUAUCUUCACACUGCACACUGUUCUUAUCGUCAUAGUAACGUCCAUCAUCAUCAAAAGGACGUGCGUUCGCAAGAAAGCAGACGUGACUGUGCAGCCUCCAGACGCCGUAGAGGAGCUGAGACGUCCAGAGGAACGAGGCCGGGCUGUCUGAUAUUAUCAUCUAUAACAUAUCUGCUCUAAUAUUACAUCACUGGUGCUUUUAAUCUCUGUUUUAAAUAUGAUUUAGAGGGCAUAAAACAUAUAUUGAGUCUGUAUUUAUGUAAAUAUUGUUGUUUACCGUCUACAAUUUUUGACAAGUGCUUGUUUUUGCUUCAGUUAGUUUUAAUUCUUUACGAAUUUUAAACGUUUCUAUCUGAUGAAAUGAUGAAGCCAUCAACACAUUUGAGGAGCUUUAAAGAUUUAUCAUUUCACUUGUGCAUCCUUUUCUACAUACUUUAACACCUUUGUAUUACAUUGUAUAUUCUACACAUAUUCAUUUCUACAAUAUAAUGAAUAUAAUAUAAAACAGUCCCUUUGUAAUCUAAUAAAUUACUUUUAUUUCAGGAGUUUAUUGCUUGUUUCAGUUGACAACUGCUCACCAGACAGUGAAAAAAAAUGUGCUUUUAAUAAAGUAUAAAGAAAGCUUUUGUACUAAUAUUUGGCAAUUUUGAUUAUU